AGUUGGGACACAAAAGCAAACAUCUGCCAGUACCCCAAUAAGGGGUCUUCCAGCACCCCAGUCUCACUGGCGGCCGGGCGAGACACAGAAAAUAGGACCCACAUGAUCCGCAGUCCGCCAUCUGCACUUGUUAACCCCACUUGCUACCUGCAACCUGCCAUCUGCUUCACUGCCAACCAACCAACCCCCUAGUGUAGCCAUGGAAGUUAUGUUAGUGGCUAAUGGCUAACCGGUAACAGCUGAUAGCCAUCUAAUAACCAAGCCAGCACCUUUUCACGUGAGGCUGAGAGCCUGGAAACUGCUUUCUGGGACUCUGUCCCCACAAACCCUUUCUUGAGCAUUGGCUGUAUUCUUAGUAGUGUGUAUCUAUUAAGAUAGCUCAUUUAUGCUUGCAAUAACUCUCAGAAGUAGGUACUUUUAUUAUCCUCCUUUACCUAUAAGGAAACUGAGGCACAGAGAGGUCAGGUAAGAUGCCCUAAGUCCUGCACGGGGUGGUUAUCAGCCAGGAUGCAAAUCCCCGCAGUUAGGAUCUAGAUCCCCUGUGCUUAACCAUGACACCCUGUGCAAACCUGUGAGUCACGCUUUGCUGUUGGGAAUGGCUCAGGAGGAAGAACCUGUGUGAGGGGUGGACAGCUCUGGAGAUGGAGGUGCUUAGGACAGUCUUCAGAGGAGGAGCUGGCUCUUGAAGGCUUAUGGGUUCAUGGGCCAUGGGUGGGGGUGGGGGUAGCAGUGUUAGCAGUUGGGAAGGGCAGCCCAGGUAGCGAAAACAGCAGUGUGAAGAUCUGGAAGUCAGAAUCUGAGGCAGAGGUGGGUCCCCAAUGGGCUUUGCCAACCAUCCCUAGGGGGUUAAGCCUUACGCUGUAGAUGUUAAAGAUCCACUAAGGGGCUUCAAGUGGGGAGAAACAUUGGAUUUGCAUUUUAGAAAGAUUGCUGUUUCUACACACUCUUUCAUAGUGUGAUGAAUAAAAUGGAAAGGAGCAAGGCAAGGAUGGAGAUGAGUGGGGAGAUGAUUGGAGUCAUCCAGAUAAGAGAUGCCGAGGGCUUGAACCAGAGUUGCAGCAACGAGAAAGAGGAAUGAAGAGGAGAUGAAUUUCAAAGAUAUAUAAGAGGUAGAAAGGACAGGAGCUAAUGGGUGACUUGGUGCUUUGCCAUGUGACUUGCUUCAGCCAAGAUGUCAGUGGGCGUGACUUAACCAGAGUCUUGAAAGGUGCUGGUGCAGUCAGGCUUGCUCACUCUGGUGCCUCUGCCCUUGCCAUGAGAAGAACAUGCUGGGGUUAGUCCCCUGGGCCCAGGAGCAGGAUGAGAGACAAGUGGAGCAGAGCCACACCAACCAAGCAUAGGACAGAGCCUCCAGAGGACUCGUCGUCUCACGGUGGAAGUCUCGAGUUCCAAGAUCUGCCAACCCACAGACACGUGAGCUGUGAUAAUAAAUGAAGUAGCUGGCCCAGGUCUGAGCCAUGGCUUCCGCGGAGCCCCUGACAGCGCUGUCUCGCUGGUACCUGUAUGCCAUCCACGGCUACUUCUGCGAGGUGAUGUUCACGGCAGCCUGGGAGUUCGUGGUGAACUUUAACUGGAAGUUUCCAGGGGUCACGAGUGUGUGGGCGCUCUUCAUCUACGGCACCUCCAUCCUGAUCGUGGAGCGCAUGUACCUGCGCCUGCGGGGCCGCUGCCCGCUGCUGGUACGCUGCCUCAUCUACACGCUCUGGACCUACCUGUGGGAGUUCACCACCGGCUUCAUCCUGCGCCAGUUCAACGCUUGCCCCUGGGACUACUCGCAGUUCGACUUUGACUUCAUGGGCCUCAUCACCCUGGAGUACGCCGUGCCCUGGUUCUGCGGGUCCCUCAUCAUGGAGCAGUUUAUCAUCCGCAAUACCCUCCGCCUCCGCUUUGACAAGGACGCAGAGCCCGGGCUGCAUGGAGGCCCCCUGGCCCUGGCCAAUGGCCACAUCAAGACUGACUGAGUGGGGGGCUUGUGGGCGGGCUGUGGGGGGUCUCUCAGGGACCCUGUGGAGAAAGGUACCAAGCUGGUGGCAUUGCCCCUUGUGUACAGCACAAGCCCUGCCCCAUCCCGGCCUCACCCCUGUAGGGCACACACUGCCCCCAUUACCUCCAUUGAGGACGGGUUGUGGGGGUGUGGUGUUGAGGCACAGAAGGGCUUUGGAAAUGGUCCAUGGAUCUCUACCCAGCUCAGAGGCAGGCGGCAGGAGACCUAUGGCUUAGCAGCGACUAGGCUACAUGGGUGACUUUGGAAGCAGCAGGCCAUGUCCUGGCUAAGGGACACAGAAGUGGGGCAAAAGGUGGGAGGCCAGGUCUGAGGAGGCUUUGGGCUGCUGCCUCGGCCACCUGGUGCCCUCUCACCUGGGUUCGUUGGGCUUUGGCUGGUUCCAUUAGGCAAUAUUCAGGUGCUUGCUUGCAACCAAUACCUCCCCGGGGGCCUGCUGAGCUGCAGCGUAAGGAGAGACUGGGCAACCAGGAGGCUGCUUGGCAGCCAUGCUGGUCUGCAUGGGCUGGGUGGCCUUCCCUUGGCUCCUCUCCCUUCCCCCAGGGCCCACGCUGCUUUCUUGGCCUUCUGGGGGCCCCCUGGUGCUGGAUACCCACCAACCUUGGGCUUUUGGAGGUUUCAAUCCCUGUGUGUUUGGUGGUGUUUCCCCUUUUUCUCUCUUAUUUUCAAGGCCUUUAUCCAUGUCAAUCACCCCACCUACCCCCAACCCCAACUACCUAACCAACACAGCAGCUGCCAGAGGUAGAACCCUGAGACAGACCCUGCCUGCCCUCUGCAGCCUUCCCUCCACUACUACCCCAGUCUGGUGGGCUGUGGCAGUACCCCUGGUGCUCUUCUCCAUCCAUGCCCCCUCCCCACAGUGGCCCAGCUGAAAAACGAAUGAUAUCCACAACACAUAGUCAGGCCAACAUGGGCCUCACAGAUCCACAAUGGGGACCUACAGACAAAUCAGUGUGUAUGUUUGGUGGGGGGUGGUAAAGGCGCACCGGACUGGUUUAUUUCAAGCCAGUCGGGGGCAAUCUAGCAUUCUAGGGGUUGGAAGAACAGUAUCCGUUGUUGGAGACCCAUGGAGAAUGAGUGAGGGAGAAAAAGAUGAAGGCCUCUCAGCUUUGGGAGGGUCUUUGGAGCAUCCUUGGUGGGAAGGGGUCAGUUCUGGUUCUGCCAUAGCCCCAGCCCUGCAGCAAAACCUCCUCAGGGCUACCCCUCCCCACCCCUCCCCGCAAUGCUGACACUUUGGGCUUGCUCCUUAAACAGUGUUACCCUGCCACGCUCAUGAGCAUUGUCAUCUUGAUUGCCCUGCCUUCCUGGUGACAGGUAUGUUGCUGGCAGUGGAUAGGACAAUCCUCAUUCCAGCCCACUUCCAGCUCGGGCCCCUACUCCCCAAGAGGAGGGGUCCAUCAGAAUGCAGCCUGUCCCAUGGUACACGGUCGCUUCUUGACCACACUAGGACUCCUAGGUAGAAAGUAGCCUUUCCCUUUUUAUAGAACAUUAAAAAGUGAUAAUACCACCUGUGAAGAGAAUCUCCUCUUCCUUGUUACGUUGUUCCACCUAGAUCAUGCAGAUAACACCAGGCCAGGACAGCUGGGAUGGGUGUGGGCAGGAGUCGUGUCUCGGAGUGGGAGAAAGGCUGGGAGACUCUGUCUUUGGCAGGGUCUGACCCUGCCCAGGACAGGAUGAAGAGCAUUUCCCAGACUCUGUGUCCUGGGCAGGCUCCUCAAGUCCAGGCACUAACUACAUCCUGCAGGGGCCAGCCCUACCUUUGAUUUUACAGUGGCCCCAAUUCCAAGGCUUUGGGGCUUCCAGGGAUCCAGGCUUCCAGGGAUCUGUGAACAGAUGGAGGGGAUUCCAGAGCAAGAAUAUUGUCCGGCUUCCCUGUUCCCUCUCAGUAAUUGUUUCCUUGGUACUCUCCCCCAACCAGGGGGAUCUCAGGCUCCUGGAUCCCAACACCCCUGCAGGCCCCCAUGUGAGCCUCUAGACCACACUGCCCACCUUUGCUCUCUUCUUCCAUGACAGAAUCUGGUGGUCAGCUUGGUGAUGUCUCCCAGCAUAAAGCCUCCAGAAUUCUCAGCCUGACCAAGCCCUUAGAUGGCCCACCAGGUCUGGCCACUCCAGAUAUUGCCCUAUGGGCAUUCCUUGGCACCAUCUUCUCUCUGGAUCCUAUAAACUUCCAAAUAUGGGAGGUUCCAGAGUACACCUGCCUGGCUGGCAAUGUGUUUCUGCUUCAUUCAGGUUCCCCAUGGUUCUUAUUGUCCCUCAUAGGGCACAGAGCCCCCCAGCAAAGGGAGGCAAUGAGCCAGGGCUUGACCACAGGAUUUGUAGGUUCAGAGCUCAGUGGUGAUAGCCCAGAAUUCAACUCUUCUUUUUUGGGUAUCCUCAGGGUCCCAAAUACCUUAGUGCCCAGGGACUAGAAAUUUGGAGUAAUCCCAGACCUGCUGAGCAGUGGGGGUGCUGGGAGGGAGAGUCAGCUUGCUGUUUGUGAACGUCUGGUAUCCUGGGCCUCUCUCCACUGGCCAUGGCAGCAUUGCGAGUUACAGAUCACCAUGUGUGCUGCCUUGCAUGGUUGAACCGCUUCUGAUGUCUGCUAGGCAUCCUGUCCCUUGUGCCCUGUUCCCUCUGAUGCCAGUGAGUCCUAAUGGCCUCACAAAAGCCUAUGCUUAUUCUCAGCAAUAAUACCUAGGGAGUACCCAGGAGUCCUAUUGUCCUGCUCCCUUGCCUUCUGCAUGGGUCUCCUGGGGAGGCAGCCACUGAGUGGGUCAGUCCAUGAGAACCUGUGUUUAUGAAGUUCUGGGCUGUACAGACAUAAUUGCAGGGGAUGCAAAGAGAGGCCCAGCCCCAGAGGAGCGAUGGCUAAGGCAGGGAGAGCACCUUUCACCCUGCGGCCAUCCUAGACUUAUUCCUGGCUCUGCAAAGGGUUGUUGAGGUGGGUGGGACUGUCUCCCAACUGCGGCAGCUCUUCAGAAGGACACACGACUGGUUUGUGCACCCAUUGCCUGCUCUGUCUCCAUUGAUCUCUUUGUCUCUUUCUUUUCACAUUCGUGCACAUAAAAUAUACUGGUGUUUGUGUUCCAGGACUGGCUCUGACCCAUCUCUGUUUCUUCUAUUUUGGAGUCUCUUUUACAGCCCGGUAUCACACUGUCCUGAGCCAAAGGACUGCUGGGGGGAGCCACCCUGUGAGGAGGGCAGGUGGUACUUCUUGCCAGUCUUUUUCAUUGUGUCUGCUCUGACCCUCUCUGGUAACCUGAGUUCUCCACCCAACCCCCCAUACCCCACCAGCCGCAUAAUCUGGUCCAGAACUUACUUUGGUCCCAGGAUGCAAGGCAGAUGGGGAGUCCUGGGCAAUUUUUGCAUUUUCUCCCAUCAGACGUAGGCACGUUCCCUAUUUUACAGCAGAGGUCUGGUGGCAACCAGCUUGCAAACCCAAUGUACUACAUCAUGUGUUUGUUUCAGUGUAAGCAGAAGACACUUUGGGAAGGAUUCGUGUUGAAUCAGGUAUCCUUUUGGACUUUGAUGAGAUUUGGAUGUCCUUAGAGUCCAGCCCAUCCAAAUGAUAUUCAUAAAGAGAAAUUAGUGAGUGGGAGAGUUGGGGGAGAGACGGGGUUAUAAGGAAGGAGGGAUGAGAUGCCAUUUGUAGCCAAGACAAACAAUUGGCACAAGGAUCCCUCUUUGUGGAGGGAGGGUUGUGAAAUUUUGGCCUCUUGCAACCCUGGGUUUAAGGAUGACACCACUCCUUCCUAGUACAUUUUGUUUAUGCCCUGGGCCUUUUCCCUUUGAUCCUAUUUCCUUCUCUUGAGAUUAAGCCUGGGCCCCUAAAGGUAGGUGUUCUCAGAGGGUUUGAAACUACCAGAUGAUAUCUUUCUCUUUCUGAAAACUCAGAUGGGCCUGAGAAUUGACCUGGUUAGUUCUUCAGUUUCUUAUUGGACAGCUACAGUGAGUGAGCCCUGGACCAGGCUAGAUACUGGGGUGCUAGUCAAGGAGAAAGACGUUGCACGGAUGCUCACGCAGAUUGUUAUAUCACUAUGAUGUUGAUAGUCCUCCAAAGAAAAAGCCCCCAACAGAGGAAUAUGACUCAUCUACAGGGAAGGGAAGGGCUCCCCAGGGAAGGGACACGGCAGAACUGAAGGCCGAGUACCGGUGCUUUCAGAGGUGGGCUGGCUUCUCGUUGUCUGGAAAUGCAGAUGGUGACUGUACAGAAGAAAACAAAGCCAGCACACAGUGGGUGCUUUAAAGAACUCUUGAUAACUGAAGUCUUAUCGAUGGUCAGCCUCAGUAAGCCUACCCUAAAGGCAAGGCUAAAUGUUCUAGAGCACCAAACCUCUUUUGGGAACCUGAAGCUAGGAAUCCUGUUUGAAUAACAACCAUCCCUGCCAUAACUGUGCCCACUACCAUAAAGCAACUCACUGUCCUACUUCUCUUUUCCAACUUAUUAGUCCCUGCAGAGGCCUGCCCGCAUCCCAGCUUCACUCUCAGAGUCUUUGGACCUUGGCCAAAGACCCAGCUCCAUUGAUCUGUCUGUCUGUCGCUUCACGCUGGGGAUACACUUUCUUGAUGUGGGAAAAAGUGUCCUUUCAGUGCUAAACAGUGCAGAGAAGAGUCCACUGAUAGCCUAGUCUGGCUCCUUGCCUGUCACAAUAACACCUUCCAAACAGAAAGGAAGCUUUCUGGUUUAUAAGGGUCCACUGAUGACAAAAGGUCUGGAGGCGGAAGCUUCUUAAUUUUAGAAUGGGGUUGUAUUCGUUUUCUAAGGCUACCAUAACAAAGUACCACAGACGGGGUGGCUUAAAACAACAGAAAUGGAGGCCAGAAGUCCAAAAUCAAGGUGUCAACAGGAAGCUCUGGAGGCUUUAGGGGAGAACUGUUCUUUGUCUCGUCCAGCGUCUGCGGCAUUUCUCAGCUUUCUAGGCUUAUGGCAGCAUUACUCCAAGUUCUGUUCCGUGGCCACACGGACUCAUCCUCUUCUGUCUCUGUCUUCUCUUCUGCCUCUUAUAAGGACACUUGCCAUUGGAUUUAAGGCUCAUCUAGGUAAUCCAGGAUGAUCUCAUCUCAAAAUCCUUAAUUACACCUGCAAAGACCCUUUUUCCAAAUAAAGUCACAUUCACAUGUCCCAGUGA